CAAAGCACGACACCAACGACUGACACUGCGCACGCGUAUUGUCGAAUAGCUAUUCCCAGCACGCAAUUCGCACACUUUGUCAGCACGCACACAGUCAUUGGACAAUUGAGAUUAGUAACACAGGCUUGGCCUCGGGAAUAGAGCUAUGGCAUCAUCGCCACAGAGAUGCCGAAUGAGGGGAAGCCCCGACGGAUGAAGGGCGACUUGACGUCGCAAUGGUAUGAAGCAUUUCUAAUCGCAUAUGCGUAUAUAACAGCAUCGAAGCUGUCCUUGAUCUCAACUCAUACCCAAACAACUUACCAUACAGCCACUGAUCCAGCAACUACCAUUACCACUCUCGAUCCAAAUCUAGCGAACCUUCGAUCAUACAAUUCUCAUUUCGACUGCGAACACUUCUAGUAUAUCAGUCACCAAAAUGACGACCACCGCCUCCCUUCCUACGCCCGCACACCAACUCUCCAACCCUACGCCUACCUCCAGCGACACAACCUCUUCCGACGUCAACUACCAAGGCCUACCCAUCCCCCGCGGCCCCGUCAUAGCAUCUCUAUCCUUCUACAAGGCCCCCGAAGACGGCUCACCACCCCACAACUACGUCGAGCCGCUCCCAGGCGUACCGCAGCGAAACUGGGGAGAUGACUGGACCAAAGUCCAACUCAACGACCUACGAGGUCAGGAGCAGAACUUCACACUAGACAACAACGCCUUCGACACAUACCAAAACAUCAAGAGUGGACUGGACAGAGACGGUUUCGCAGACGACGACGCGAUAAAACGAGUCUAUUACCCAGAAGUGGAAGAUCUGCUCAUGAAGAACGUGCAAGGCGCGCAAAGAGUCAUCCUCUUCGACCACACGAUCCGCCGACCGACCGGCAACCGCAAUCCCGUCCAGCGCGUACACAUCGAUCAAACACCUUUUUCGGCCGCCGAACGAGUGAAACUCCAUCUUCCCGACGAAGCCGAACAAUUACUACAGGGACGAUACCGCAUCAUAAAUGUCUGGCGUCCACUCAAUGGACCUGUCAUGGGUAGUCCGCUUGCGGUCGCUGAUAGCCAGACUGUGCGCGAUGGCGAUUUGAUUCCUAUUGAGCAUCGCUACCCCGAUCGCAACGGGCAGACGGCGGCUGUGGCGUACAACCCGGGGCAGAAGUGGUACUAUUGGUCUGGCAUGACGAAUGAGGACCGUCUGUUGCUCAAGUGCUUUGAUAGCGAUGAGAAUGUAGGUCAGUGGGGGCGUGUGCCACACACGGCUUUUGUAGAUCCAAGAACACCAGAGGGUGCGGUUGGUAGGGAGAGCAUUGAGGUUCGAGCGCUGGUCUUUGGUUGAGCUUAUGCCUAGUCGUCUGUAUUCAUAAGCCUUCUUAUUCCUAAUUAGUAUACUACCUGUUGUAAAUUAGUUUUAACGUUAUCCUUCGCAAUAGUACAUCUCACAUGCCUAUACUCUCUUCCACAUUCUAUGUCUCUGGAGUGACG